GCGUUGCAAGAAUCGAAGAAGGAAUCUCAACUGAGGAAUAUUUUUCUCUUUCUACAUUUUGCCUGCUCCACUUCCUACCUCCCCCACCUCUCAACAUACACCUCAGUUGUGGGGAAAGGGAAGUAAUUCGACGUCACUGAUACCGACAUUUCAUUCACCAAAUGCUGGGGGAGGGGGUGGAGAAGAAGUUCUGGGUAAGUCCUUCUGCCUUUGCAAAGCCUCGGGGAAGCAGUUGGAAAGCAGCCGAUGCUCUGCCCACUACUGCCAGACUAUGCCCCCAAGCACUGCUUAGCGAUCUGCAGAGACAGUGGGGGAGGAAACAGGCUCUCCCCACCUUAUUGAGAGCUCCUUUUCUCAGACCUCUCCCCAACCUGGCCCAAGAUUUAAUAUUUGGCAUUGAUGCUUGACUCAGGGUAUGAAUCAAGACAGCCUCACCAAAAAAUUGCUCCAAGUAAGAAACAUGGUGUAUAUUAAAAAUGGCAGUGAAUGGAACAUAAAUGGAAUAUAAAUGGGAGGGCAUAUUGAUUAUGAAAAAUGAAGAAUCUACUGUCAAUGACAAAUUUAGAAACCUGGAGUACUAAAAGGAAGAGCCCUUCUCAGAUCACAUAGAACAAAGUGGAAAGACAAAGGGAAAAGUUGACAUGUUGUAUCCUCUGGGAUAAUGUUAUUUACCAAGUACCAGAUAUGAAGUUCAUUAAGGUCUGGUUGCUGACAUUCCAUUAAUCUGGAUCUGGUAAAAUGGAUGAAACAACCGAACUGAGGACGGAUGGAAAUUCACUCUUAAAGGCUGUAUGGCUAGGAAGGCUUAGGUUGACUAGACUCCUAUUGGAAGGUGGGGCCUACAUCAAUGAAAGCAAUGACAAAGGGGAAACGGCCCUGAUGGUAGCUUGCAUCACUAAGCAUGUGGACCAACAAAGCAUCAGUAAGUCCAAGAUGGUCAAAUACCUAUUAGACAAUAGGGCAGACCCGAAUAUUCAGGAUAAAUCAGGAAAAACCGCUCUCAUCCAUGCUUGCAUUAGGAAAGCAGGAGGAGAGGUAGUUUCCUUGUUACUGGAAAAUGGUGCUGAUCCUAGUUUAGAAGACCGUUCUGGAGCUUCGGCUCUGGUUUAUGCCAUUAAUGCUGAUGACAAGGAUACUCUGACACAUCUCCUGAAGGCCUGCAAGGCAAAGGGAAAGGAAGUGAUCAUUAUAACUACUGAUAAAUCAUCUUCAGGCACUAAAACAACUAAACAGUAUCUUAACAUCCCACCUUCACCAAAGUUGGAAGACAGGCAAUCACCCGCUUUGUGCAUGUCCCCAUCUGAUAUUGAAUUAAAGACACCAGGUUUGGGAUCUCCACCCAGAGAAAAGGAAGAUGAUUUCUUUAGCCUUCAUUCAGGGCGUUCAAGUGGGUGCCAUACUAUCAAGGUGCCCAGUGAAGCCUUAUCACCCACCAGGAAAGUUGGCAACCUCAAAAGAGCUCGCUUGCCCCAGUUGAAGAGGCUACAGUCAGAACCCUGGGGUUUAAUUGCACCAUCUGUGCUAGCAGCUUCUUCUCAUCAAGAGGAGACCAAAAGCAUCUGUACAGAUGAUGAAAUCAUCAUGGGCAUCAAUGAAUUAUCUUUCUCCAAAAGGGCUCCCCUCUCAAGGAAUAACAGCAUUGAAGGCAAAGACUCUGCUCUCUUCCCCACUGUCACUGACCAAGUUUUAAAGAUCCCAUCCACUUCUGCACCAGCAUCAUGGAAAGCAGCCUAUGAAAAAAAUCAGCCCAUCCAUCAGCGCCUAGCCAGAAGGAGCACUCUUCCUGCUGAUCAAGAUAAUUCAAGCAUUACCACCUCAGCAUCAGCCUCCAUCAAGGAUUCAGCUUCUCUCAGAAGGUUAGAAAAUGGUCACUAUGAUUCAGAGAUACAGCUCUGUGGUGAUUCACCAAAUUCCAUGUCACUUGAUAAUGGUAAAGUACCAAUAGAUCGGAAAAAACUCAACAGCUCUCAUUUGGCUUUAUUUAAUGGCUCUCGGGAAUCUCUUGAUGGGGUGCCUAGCACUUCCCCAGGCUCGGUUCGUCGUAGGCCUCCCAAUUUGUUAGAAAGACGGGGUUCUGGAACUCUUUUACUUGAUCAUAUUUCUCAUACUAGGCCUGGAUUUUUGCCCCCUUUAAAUGUGAAUCCGAAUCCACCCAUUCCUGAUAUCAGGUCCAGCAGUAAACCAUCUUCUCCACUUGCUAGUGGCUUAAAACCUAUGAUCCCUGUUGCUCCAAAUUCACCAAAGAGAGUUGAUUUAAGAAACAAAAAGAAGCUUAUCAGAAGAUAUUCUAUGCAGGUUGAACAGAUGAAGCAACUGUCAGAUUUUGAAGAAAUUGUGACCUAGUAGCUAUAUUUUAGAAUUCUUUUUCAAAAAAAAAAAAUCUAGGCAAUUUGCUAAAGAAACUAUCUUUUAGAACAGUACAAUAAUGUAGAUCAUUGCUGCAAAAAAUUCCUUAAUGUUAUUCUAUUGCUGCUUCAGAAUAGAUACAUAUAUGUGUAUAUCCAUAUACACACAUUAAUAUAUAACUUUCAUAUAUACAUACACAUAUAUAGACACACACAUAUGAAUGAUGCUAUUCCACCACUACUGAAACCAUCAUUAGGUUUUUAAUGAUCCUCUGUACCAUGCAGUAAUUUGGAUUUUGAGAUGAUUUAAAAAUGUUUUUUGUUCUGAAUGAAAAACCUUUGAAUUCUGAAAGCAACAUUGCAAAAAUAGUCAUUUGAGCCAGUAAUUCCAAUCAUUUUCUCUUUGUCAAAUAGAAAGAAAACAAGACUUUCAAAUACUGAAUGAAUUAUGUUGCGUCUAAUGAACUUAUAAAGUGCCUAACAAGAAACCGA